CCUGUAACCGCGCAUCACGCGCAUAAAUGGAGUGACGGAGAGGAGGAGGAGGAGGAGAGACGCUCAGAAAACUUUGCGCAGCGCUCGGGUGAAGGUCGCUCCAAUAAUCGCGGACUUGUUCCUCCUCAGGUGGGUCCUAUAAUUAGUCCACGGAGGAAGGAGCUCUCAGGAGGGGAACGAGGCUGGAUUUAAAAAAAAAAAGUCAGCUUCACCUCAGGUUUAAGAGGAGGAGGAGGGGGGAGCCACUGAUCCAUCACUUCUGCGGGACGAGACUUGGAUCUUCUUUUAAUUGCCCGGGUCUGGAGGAUGAUCACAACUUAAACACCUCUUUGGGAAACUUUUUUUUAAAUAAAAAGGACAAAAGUGGGACCAGAUCAGAACACUUUAAGUAAAACUUCUUCACGUGCUGGUUUUGUCUGGACGCGCAGGAAAAAGUCACUAUUUCUGCAGAGUUUAAAAAAGGUUUCCGGGGAGAAGUGACUUCCUUUGUUUUUAUUUAUACUUUAUGAUUGUUUUCCUCCUCCCGCCCACCGGAGCCAUGAACGGACAGCGGCGGCCCGUCUUCACCGGGCUGCUCGUGCUGAUGUGCGCUCUGAGCGAGCACCGCGGCCAGAGCGCGCCCACCGCGGCGCCGGCGCGGCCGGCCGGCGGGGACGCGCUGCGCAGCCUGGCGAGGCGGAUGGUGGAGGUGGUGCGGCACGUGGACGGGGGCCGGGGACGCCACAGCGCGCGAACGGAAGCCCCGGUCGUAACGUCACGAGCCGGGAGCUGGUCGUCGUCGGUGGAGCUGAGGGACCUCCGCAGCAGAACAGAGCGAGGGGGUCCGGUUGUCGUUUCAUCUACAAGAGAUCCAAAAAAGAAGGAGAAAAUACUAAAAUAUUUCACAGGUCCGCUGGUCUUCAGCUCCAAGUGCAGGAUUAAGGCGUACAGACUUUACCACCACACCAGAGACUGCACAAUACCUGCAUACUUCAAGAGAUGUGCGCGACUCCUCACACGGCUAGCCGGCAGUCCGCAGUGCACAGAAGGGUAGCACACACACACAAGGUUGAAGCCAAACACAAGUACUCCAGAAGAAGAAGAAGAAGAAGUUGCUUUAAGUAAAAAGUGCCUUGGACAGUUAGAGUGGAGCCGACAUCAGACCAGCCUGAUUGAUACUGAGGACAGUUUAGUCCUCCACUCAGGCCUUCCUCUCUGCUGCCAAUCACUACUUCGGCUGGGCCUUGAAGGUCAGCCGUCACACCCCAUGGGAGGCAACAAACAUCCAGACCAGGACAAAGAUGGUGAAAGUCAAAAAUGGAGAAAGGAGAGGCAUCAAACGGCCUUAUUUCUCUGCUGGAAUUCAAAAAGAUGUUGSCAACCCUUAGAACGGCCUGCCUGUUAUGAUACAUUUGCCCCGUUUGAGUGUUUYGGGCCGACUCUGACCUUUCUGCUGCACUAAAGGUUCUCACAGACGAYGACACUGAGUCAUCCACUUGUUUUAAGAGUGAAAUUAUUAAAUGAACAUUUUUCUGCACCUUUGUGCAACACAAAACACAAGUGGUCCUUUGUUUUUUUCAGUCACAGCCAUCCUGUGGACGGACUAACCUCGAGUACAUGAUGRUAAAACCUACGAGCCGUUGAAGAGGCUCCAUCAAACACAGACCAUGAUCCAAUAAACCAGGAGUAUCAUGUACAUACUGUAAAUGCAAGCAUAGGAAGAAUCAGCCUGUGGCUAGUAUUCAUGUAUAUGAAAGUUCUAUAUAUAUAUAUAUAUUUAAAAAUGAACUAUAUUUAAAUAAAUUAUGAGAUUGGGACAAACAUGAGUUGUUUGUUGUUUUGUAUUCUGAUUCUGGACGUGAGGAAUGACCACAUGACUGAACAGAGCCCUGGGAAUGCAGAUGCUGUGAACUCCCCUCUGCUGCUUUCGACACGGCUGUUUUUAAUAAAAGGUCAAACUCAAAACGGUUCAAAAGUUCUUUUUUUUUUUUUUUUUUUUUUGCUUUGUUUGAUAUGGAUGAUGUUGCAAAAUCACAUUUUAUGUGAUACAUUUCCUGAUUUGGAAGUGAAUCGCCUUUUGUUGAAUUUGUCCCAUGACGAUUUCCAUUGUUUUAAAACACUUCUGCUUCUUUUUCUUUAAUCUGCUCCCUCUUCAGGAGUUCGCCA